AUGAGAAAGGGAAACCACUCCUCACACACUGACUUCAUCAUCUUGGGCUUCCCAGGGCUCCCGGAGCACCAGGGGCUGCUCUUUGUGCUGUUUGUAACCAUCUACAUACUGACCCUCAUGGAAAACCUGGUCCUGAUUGUGACCAUCAAGUUGAACUGCCAGCUUCACACCCCCAUGUAUUUCUUCCUGGGCAACCUCUCCCUCUUGGAAAUCUUCUAUGUCUCGGUGACUGUUCCCAAACUUCUCUCCAACCUCCUGUUGGGGGAGAAGGCCAUCUCUCUGGGGGGAUGCAUGGCUCAGCUGUAUUUCUUUUUGUCCCUGGCUUCCUCUGAGUGUUUUCUCCUGUCAGCAAUGGCCUAUGACCGCUAUUUAGCCAUCUGCCAUCCGCUGCGCUACCCAGCCCUUAUGAAUCACAGAGCCUGUGCUGUGCUGAGCCUGGGCUCCUGGCUGAUUGGCUUCCUGGCUUCCUUCCCAUCCAUUGUGAUGAUCUCCAGGCUACAGUUCUGCAGAGCUAACACCAUCCAGCAUUUCUUCUGUGACCUUCCGCCUCUCCUGAAGCUGUCGUGCACAGACACUUCCACCAUUGAGACGCUGGACUUCAUGGCAGCACUGUCUGUCCUUGUGACGUCCAUGCUAGUGACAGGAACCUCCUACAUCUGCAUCUUCUCCACUGUGGCCAGGAUCCCACCUAUGGCUGGGAAGCGUAAAGCUUUCUCCACCUGUGCCUCCCACCUGGUGGUGGUCUCCAUGUUCUAUGCCACCACCCUCUUCAUGUACGCACGGCCCAGGGCUGUCGGCACCUUUGACCUCAACAAGCUGGUGUCUGUGCUGUACACAGUGGUGGCCCCAUUCCUGAACCCCAUCAUCUACAGCCUGAGGAACAGGGAAGUGAGGGAGACCCUGGGCAGAGCACUAGGCAGCAAAGCCAACUCCUCAGUCUUCAUUGUUAGAGUCAAGUGGGGAUACAGUCAAAGAGUCACAGAGUUUAAGACUGGAAGGAACCACUAG